AACAGCGCUCACUACGGCUUCCGACAAAGCCGGCCGGAGCUGAAACCGCCGAUUUCUGGAGUGUCCGAGUCUGGCUCAGUGGACAGGGCGAUGGGGGUCGCUUCUUAUCUCUGUCUCCUUCUGUCCUGUCUGGCAGGCGUGCGGUCCGACGUCGUGCUGACACAGCCCGCCUCAGCGGUGGUGAAGCCCGGGGAGUCCUACACACUGACCUGUGGAGUCAGUGGGUCCAGCCUCAGUAGCUACUACAGCAUGAACUGGGUGAAACAGGUCUCCGAGAAAGGGCUGGAGUGGCUGGCGGGGAUAGACUAUUAUGAUGACAAAUAUUGCGCGCCUGGAGUCAAGGGCCGAUUCGAGGUUUCCAAGGACAGCAGCAACUUUUAUCUGCAAAUGAAAAACCUGAGACCGGACGACACGGCCACCUAUUACUGUGCGAGUAUAACUGGGUGGCACAGUUGUGACUAUCUUGACUACUGGGGGAAAGGAACCUCGCUGACGGUGACUUCAGUGGCCAAGUCCUUGCCGUCAGUCUACAUCACCCCCUCCUGCAACAUGGAAUCUGGCCAAGAGAUCAGCCUCCUCUGUCUGGUCAAGGGCUAUAUGCCUGAGAGCAUCAGUCAGACAUGGUCCAUUAACGGUGGGGACAUCACCACUGGAAUCAAGAAGUACCCGGCAGUCUUUGGACAAAGUUCAUUGUACACAAUGAGCAGCUUGCUCCAAGUCCCUGCAGCGGAUUUCAACAGGAAUGAAGUCUACUUCUGCAAGGCAGGGUACGAGCCAAGCGAGAUGGUGACAGAGAGAUGGUCGUCGGAACGUCCCGUUCCCAAGCUCAUCCCCCUUGUUCCAUCCCCGGAUUUUAUCCACAAUCAAACAACUGCUGUCCUGGGCUGUCUGAUAUCUGGAGUCCCUCCUGACAACCUUACUGUUUCCUGGAAAAAAGCUGGAUCUGCUCGAAAAGGCAUCGUUCUCCCGUCCACUACAACUGAUGGUGGAUUCGAAACAGUCACUUACCUGAGAGUCCCUGUGCAGGAAUGGAUCAGCGAACAGGAAUAUACUUGUGAAGUGACCGACACAUCUUCUGGUUUCAGACAGAAGGUCAACAUGAGGUAUCAGGACGGUGAAGCCUGUUCUGUAGGUUUGCCAAUGUUCUUGUACCAGACUAACCUCAAUGCGACAUUCUCAGAUGGUUCUGCCCGACAGUAUCAUUGUUGUGAAGGAAAAUGUGAAAUAAAGUGA